CAAAAAAAAAAAUUUGGCCAAAUAAUAGAGAGAAUAUUUAUCAAUAUUGAAGCAUGAGGUGUACUACUUUGAUUAUGGUUUCUUUUGUUGUCAGCUGUUUGCUUCUAAGCCUUGUUGAAGAAUCGGAAGCUGGAGCACCUCCCGUAGAGUGUUGGAGUGAGAUCCUAUUUUCUGGAAAAUGCGGGUUUCAUGGAAAGAAGAAAUGCUACAAAGAAAUGGAAUCUAAGCUAAAACAACGUGUUCUUAAAUGUAGAUGUGAGGAUGUUAAAAAAGAUUCCAAUACAUCUAAGGACGAACAUUACUGCGGAUGUCAAAGAGAAAAUCCCUAUGAGUGUAACUAAAAUCUUUUAAAAAUUUCAGCUAUCAAUACGAAAAUUUGUUUACUAAUUAAGAAAUAACAAAAUAAAAACUACGUACACGAGUUUUUGGUGUAGACGACAGUAUGGUAAGCUAAUGUUUUUUUCUUCUUCUGAAUAAUAAGUAGUUGUCAUAGAACUUCAUUUGUAUAACUAAUUUCAGUCAUGUAAGAAUCUAUAUCAUUUGUCGCUUUGUUGUCUUAAAACUGUUUAAAUCUAAUAUAAAGAGAGCUUUUGUCCAAAUAGCCUUCCACCGUGGAGGACUAGAAUGUGCUCCAUGCCUCCAUGAUGAAGUGAGAGAGAUCGCUAUAAGAGUACGUUUCUUCUUUAUGC